CUACGGCGGCUGCUCUGUGGCCAGUGGCAGCGGCGCUCUAGCCGGCGGCCGUGAGUGGGGGGGCUGUCAGUGGUGCGGCCGGCAGGCAGCGAUGGCGGCCGUACGGGGCCUGCGGGUGUCGGUGAAGGCGGAGGCCCCGGCGGGGCCGGCCCUGGGGCUCCCGUCCCCUGAGGCGGAGUCCGGUGUUGACCGUGGCGAGCCGGAGCCCAUGGAGGUGGAGGAGGGCGAACUGGAAAUCGUGCCCGUGCGGCGCUCGCUCAAGGAACUGAUCCCGGACACGAGCAGAAGAUAUGAAAACAAGGCUGGCAGCUUCAUCACUGGAAUUGAUGUCACCUCCAAGGAAGCAAUUGAAAAGAAAGAGCAGCGAGCCAAGCGCUUCCAUUUUCGAUCGGAAGUAAAUCUUGCCCAAAGAAAUGUAGCCUUGGACCGAGACAUGAUGAAGAAAGCAAUCCCCAAGGUGAGACUGGAGACAAUCUAUAUUUGUGGAGUAGAUGAGAUGAGCACCCAAGAUGUCUUUUCCUAUUUUAAAGAAUAUCCUCCAGCUCACAUCGAAUGGUUGGAUGAUACCUCCUGUAAUGUAGUUUGGCUGGAUGAAAUGACAGCCACACGAGCACUUAUCAAUAUGAGCUCCCUGCCUGCACAGGAUAAGAUAAGAAGCAGGGAUGCCAGUGAGGACAAGUCAGCUGAGAAGAGGAAAAAAGAUAAGCAGGAAGACAGUUCAGAUGAUGAUGAAGCUGAAGAAGGAGAGGUUGAAGAUGAGAACUCAAGUGAUGUAGAGUUGGACACGUUGUCUCAGGUAGAAGAGGAGUCUUUGUUAAGAAACGAUCUUCGUCCAGCUAACAAACUUGCUAAAGGAAAUAGGUUAUUCAUGAGAUUUGCUACAAAAGAUGACAAAAAGGAACUUGGAGCAGCCAGAAGAAGUCAGUAUUACAUGAAAUAUGGGAAUCCAAAUUACGGAGGCAUGAAAGGAAUUCUUAGCAAUUCCUGGAAGCGAAGAUAUCAUUCCCGUCGUAUUCAGCGGGACGUGAUCAAGAAGAGAGCCCUGAUUGGGGAUGACGUUGGCUUGACGUCGUAUAAACAUCGACAUUCUGGGCUAGUGAAUGUUCCUGAGGAACCCAUUGAAGAGGAGGAAGAGGAGGAGGAGGAGGAAGAGGAAGAGGAAGAAGAAGACCAGGACAUGGAUGCAGAUGACAGAGUGGUGGUAGAGUACCACGAGGAGCUCCCGGCUCUCAAGCAGCCCCGGGAGCGGAGCGCGUCUAGACGAUCCAGUGCCAGCAGCUCAGACUCAGAUGAAAUGGACUAUGAUCUAGAACUGAAAAUGAUUUCCACGCCUUCACCAAAGAAAAGCAUGAAAAUGACUAUGUAUGCUGACGAAGUGGAGUCUCAGUUGAAAAAUAUUAGGAACUCCAUGAGGGCAGAUAGUGUAUCUUCAAGCAAUAUCAAAAACCGAAUUGGUAACAAAUUACCACCUGAGAAAUUUGCAGAUGUCCGACAUCUAUUAGAUGAGAAACGUCAGCACUCCCGUCCACGGCCACCAGUCAGCAGUACUAAAUCAGAUAUACGCCAGCGGUUAGGAAAAAGACCACAUUCUCCGGAAAAGGCUUUUAGUAGUAACCCAGUCGUUCGGAGAGAGCCCUCUUCUGAUGUGCAUAGUAGGUUAGGUGUUCCCAGGCAAGAUAUUAAAGGCCUCUACGCCGAUACUCGGGAGAAGAAAUCAGGUAAUUUAUGGACUCGCCUAGGAUCUGCACCCAAGACCAAAGAAAAGAAUACGAAGAAAGUGGAUCACAGGGCACCUGGCGCUGAGGAAGACGACUCUGAGCUGCAAAGGGCGUGGGGGGCUCUGAUUAAGGAGAAAGAGCAGUCUCGCCAAAAGAAGAGCCGCUGUUACCAGCACCCUUUUCCCAAGAAAAGUCAAUUCCCAGGUGCUUAUUGGACAUCCUUCGAGGGGGAAGAGGAGGGAAGCGGCCAGCUCACCCUUCCGGGACCCUAGUGUGGGGGCGAAUCUCACGGACCUGACCUCAGAGGUGCACCAGUGCCGCCCAGGUAGAUAAGAGCUGCAGCAUUGACUGUGCUUCCGUCCUUCCCUCGGGGAUUGCUCAUGGGCCUCUUACUUGCUGUCAGCUUGAUGUGAAGAUCAACUUCAGUGCUGUGGGAUUUUUAGGAACAAAAAACUGUGACGUCUGGAUUUGGGGUUGAUUUUUGUGCUAGGGGUGGGGUUAUGGGUUAAUGUUGAAGAAUUUUUAAGUCUGUAUUAUGUUUAAAACACGAAUGAUUUGAAAGUUUAAAUUUUUAAGUUUUAUAUGUGGAAAUUCUUCCUGUUGGCUAAAGGGGAAGCUCAAGUGGUGUCUUCUUUUGUGCUGUUAAAUAUAUAUUCUAUUCUUUGGAAGAA